UCGAAAACCAAACGGUAGGAAUUUCGUGAACAAGAAGUACAUUACAAAUAUUUUGCGAGAUAAUUAACUUGUUCUAUGUAAUAUCGUAUAGCUUUGGAGUCGUGACAUUACGUACUUUCGAGGAAAAUAGACAGGUUUCUUGACUAAUACCCUGACUUUGAGAAGGGAAUACGUGACGCAGCAUGACUUUUGUCCACUCGUUGCCAAUGGGAUUCCUAUCUCCUUUCUCUAGUAUAUCUGUUAAACUUCUAAUGUAAUUCCUAACUCCUCCCCUUUCUCUAGUAUCUCAGUUAAACCUCAUUGGUUUAGAAAUGUGACUUUGCUAAAGUGAAACCACACCGGACACUUAGAAUUUUCUAACAUAGUUUUCAAACCGAGUUUAAAGUUUAUUUUAAUUAUCUUUGGUUAUAAACAGGAUCGCGUUUUUGCACGGGAAAUAAUCUAUUCACACAGCUGCACCUAACUGUACUCUCCAGUCACGGGAAGAAAAGGAACAUUCAACACUGGCUGAACAAUGGCUUCCUCCAGCAUUAUCCUGUCUGAAGAGCAGUUCUACUGCUCUAUCUGUCUGGAUGUGUUCACUGAGCCCGUCUCCACCCCAUGUGGACACAACUACUGCAAGUCCUGUAUCAGAGGAUACUGGGAAAGCACUGACCUGUGCCAGUGUCCACUGUGUAAAAAUACAUUUGAUAAGAGACCAGAUCUCUUUGUCAAUACUUUCAUUUCUGAAAUGGCUGCUCAGCUCAAGAAGUCAGCUCCAGUUGAAGCCACACCUAUCACCCCAGGACAAACCCAAACCCUCUCCAAACCUGAAGCAGUGCCAUGUGACAUCUGCACUAAGGGGGAGCACAUGGCCCUGAAGUCCUGUCUUGUGUGUAUGGCCUCUUACUGUGAGACUCACCUGGAGCCUCAUCAGAGAGUGGCUUCUUUCAAGAAACACAAGCUGAUCGACCCUGUGGAGAACCUGGAAGACAGGGUGUGUAAAAAGCAUGAUAGACCCCUGGAGCUGUUCUGUAGGAGAGACCAGAUGUGUGUGUGUCAGUUCUGCACUGAGACAGACCACAAGACCCACAAUAUUAUCACUAUAGAGGAAGAGAUUGGAGAGAGGAAGGCUCAGAUGGGGAAGACUAGCAGUAAAGUUCAUAAAAUGAUCCAGGAGAGACUAAAGAAGGUUAAGGAGAUCAAACAGGCAGUAGAGCUCAACAAGAGAGAUGCAGAGAGAGCGGUAGCAGAUAGUGUGCAGGUCUUCACUGCUCUUGUGCAUUCCAUUGUGAGAAGCCAGGCUGAGCUUAUUGAGGUGGUUGAGGAGAAGCAGAAAGCAGCUGAGAAACAGGCUGAAGGGCUCAUUGAAGAGCUGGAGAAGGAAAUCACUGAGUUACAGAGAAGAAGCACUGAGCUGGAGCAGCUCUCAGAUAUUGAAGACCACCUCCUCCAGAGCUCUCCAUCCCUCUGUACCACUGUUCCACCUACCAAGAACUGGUCUGAGAUCAUUUUUCACAGCGGUCUGAGUGCGGGGGCUGUAAGAAGAGCUGUGUCUCAGCUGGAGGAGACACUGAAUAAAGAGAUGGAGAAGUUUUCUGAAAUCAAGUGGAAGGGGAUGCAGCAGUGUGCAGUGGAUGUGACUCUGGACCCUGAUACAGCAAAUCCAAUUCUCGACCUGUCUGAGGACAGGAAACAAGUCUGGGGUUUUGAUACAUGGCAUAAUCUACCUGCUAACCCAGAGAGGUUUAAUUACAAUCAUCGUAUUUUAGGAAAGGAGGGGUUCUCCUCAGGGAGUUUCUACUAUGAGGUGCAGGUGAAAGGGAAGACUUGUUGGGCUUUAGGAGUGGCUAGAGAGUCCAUCAACAGGAAGGGAGAUAAUCCACUGAGUCCUGUAAAUGGAUACUGGACUGUGGGUCUGUCAGAAGGAAAUAACUAUGGAGCUCGCACAGAGUCUGGAGUUCCCCUCUCCCUGAGAGAGAAGCCCCAGAGGGUGGGGGUGUUUGUGGAUUAUGAGGAGGGUGAGGUCUCCUUUUACAAUGUGGAGGCCAGGACUCAUAUCUACACUUUCACUGGCUGCACCUUCACUGAGAGACUCUAUCCACUCUUCUCUACAGCCUAUGAUCCUUCUGGUGAUAACUCAGCUCCACUUAUUAUCUCUCCCAUCAAGUCAGAGGGAGUUUAGUUAACAGGGAAAUCAGUCUCAAGCAAGCACUAAAUGUGCCUUAAUUAGUGUUGAUAUUUGCGAUAGAGAAUGUUAGUGUUAGUAUCAGUCGAUCAGUUUUUAUAAUGAAGAAUGAUUCUCUUGUCCUAAUACUGCAUAUUACAAUGUCAAUCAAAACAAGUUUUACCUGUUAGUCUGUGAGUUUUUUUUUCUCUUGCGUUAUUUAUGACUACUCCUACAGCCCCUUUAUUUCUCCUCUCACUUUAAGGUGUAUCCCAUUUCAAACACACAGCGUACAAAGAUAGUUUCAGAUGGUGUAGUGCUACUGAUAAUGAUGAGCAGCCACCAAGAUGAAAGCUUCUUGGAUUGAACCCGUCCAACCUCUAGAACGCUGGAGGCUGCUGUGGGGAGGACGGCUCAUAAUAAUGUCUGGAG